AUGCGUAAUCGACCAUGGGCCUCACCGAGUCCGGCGCCUGCAGCCGACCAUGGCGGUCUCGUACGUGCCCGCCAGGACUCGUCAAAUGUCUGUCUACCACAAGCCCUCAUCUCUGCAGUGCCCAACUGCGCCGUCUCCUGCCUCCAGACCUUCGCCACGACAAACUACCCAGGAAGUACUUGUGCAAACACAUCCGACCUCAACUUUCUGUGUACACAGGACAAUACCUCAGAUCUCACGAUUGGAGAAGCCGCCGUCCAGUGCGUCGUCUCCUUUUGCAGAGGUCAAGAUCAAUUGAACGUCGGGGCUUUCAGCGUGUGCAUAGGUGUGCAAGGCGCUCUCCCCAACACCGCUCAAACCAUCACAGCCACCUUGAUUGGUACAUCCACCACCUCGGCAACAAUGAGUAGUAAUCUUCCAGCGACUAUCAGCAAUCCUGCCACGACUCAAGAGGUCAGCAUGAUCGUCAUGGACUCUGGAACUCCAGUUGGUCCCACAACCUUGACGGCCGCGACAUCGUCCGGCUCCUCUACAGCACAGAGCCCCCCAACAUAUACCACUGCCGGCGCCGUUGCCAUGCCAAACCAAGGUGGACCUAGAGGAGGCCUCGGUUCUGCUCAAGUUGUUGGUAUUGCGGUUGGUGGAGCUGCUAUUGCAGUUGGUGUCUUUGCGCUCUUGAUGUUCAUUUUCUGCAUCAGAAAGAGACGUCAGGAGAAGAGACGAAGUCAACGUAGAUCUCGAAUCAUCGAGACUACCCCUCCUCCCAACUACCAGGCUCCAACAAUCAAAGAAUCGGCAGCGUUUGUAGCCGACCCAAAUUUAUUCCCCGUACCGAGUCCCAGCGGCCGUUUCUACGCCCCUCAGCAAGCUGUAGAAGAAAAUAGACGAAGCUUCUGGAGGAAAAGCAUUAAGCCAGAAGAUAUUGGCGUUGCUGUUUCUCCUAGGGCACCUGGUGAUGUCUCACCUAUCAGCGCAUCAUCCCAACAUAGUAUCUCGCGGCUCUUGCCCAUGUUGCCAAAUCGCGCUCUCAUGCCCGCUCCCCUAGACAUUGAAGCUUCACGAGAGCGUCGCAAGUAUCCACAGCGGCCGAUGAGUGACGGUACCAUGUCCGAUAUUGAAUCCGGAAUCCAACCCACAAAUGAAGAAGCGAUUUACAUCGGCAAUCAGCCCUUCAUCCUAGAGAAGCCUCCUCUUGCUAAAAGACUACGCACCGCUCCACCCCCGAUCACGCUCCCUCCUGUACCAGAGAAUUCCGUCCAGAACCGGAGACAAGAACCUGCUUCUGCUGCACGGAUUCCAUUGACCCCUACUUACGACAAUGGCAACAUUGACAUCACAUCACCUCCUUUCAGCGCUUCCACUGGCACAGAAUCCGUGGUGACAGUCUCACAGUUUCCUCUACCAACGACCGAGCAUAGGUUGGCGCCAUCAUCAACUUAUGCAACCCGGAACAUGUUGAAGAAGAAACCACCGACGUCGGUGCUUCCGCUUCGUGCUGUCAUCAGCCCUCCAAUCGAGCCGCUGGAGCAGCCUCGAAAUCCUCCUCCACCUCCAUCAAUGCCUCCCGUAUCAAGACAGCCUGCCCGUCCGGUGUCUUUGAGCUCUGAAUAUACCACUAUCGAGGAAGAUACAACACCAGAGGAGCUUAAUAGGCAAUUGGGAAUGCCAUCGAAGCCUUCGGCGCCCCGAAACUCCCGCAUUGACGGCCGGCCGGACGACGUGGGACAAGGCAGUCCUAUCAGAGACCUCAAAUACCCCCAAAUACCUAGAUCAGCCGCCGUCUCUCGGCAAGCUGAGCGGCCGGCCCAGCCUCGCGGGGCUGCUCCCCCAAAUCCAUUCUCGCCAGCUUCUGCUCCUCGUCCCACUCAAGAUCCGGUCCUGCGAGUAGCAAGCUUCCUACAAAGCGAUACAGCCUCCUCCGACGGAUACAUGUCCGAUGAAACAAUUGAAUGGCCAGUGCCACCCACGUCAGAGGUCAGCUCGAACAAGGAACCAGGAGGACGGCCACCCGUCACACAAAACACUCUCAAGCAGAAGAUGGCCCGGCUUCGAAACGCCCCUACUCGUGCGUCUCGAGGCACUCCUCUAGCUCCGAUCUAUAGCCCUUCGUUGAACGAGAUGAUGGCUAUCGAGUCUCAAUUAUCACCUACCAAAUCGUCAGCCCUUAUGCCUGAACGGUCUCCUUCGACAAAGGCAAAAUUGACACCUAGCAAAGCGGAGAAUGGAGACUUAUACCUCACCGUCCAUGACAUCUAA